UGUGAUCGACGGAACUUCCGUAUGGAAAGCGAAGGUGGCCAAACUUUCUGAUUCCGUUCAUUUGUUAGUUUUUUUCUUGCCCGUUUUUUAAAGAUGGCUUCGAUCGUUGUCAAACGUGUCCCGUCGCACUUCGCUCUGCUUUCUUCAAUAACGCGCUUUCGUGCGCGCUCCACCUUACUGUUACAUUCAUCAGGAGCGCGCAGUUACACAUGUGCAUCUGAACCCGGCAGCAGGACUCCUAAGAUAUACACGAAAACGGGCGACAAAGGUUUCUCCAGCACGUUCACUGGAGAGAGGAGGCCGAAGGAGGACCCCGUGUUCGAAGCUUUGGGGGCAACGGAUGAGCUGUCCUCAGCGAUAGGAUUAGCCCGAGAAUUUUGCAUUGAACAGGGACAUCCCUUCGUCGAAGAGCUGGACAAGAUCCAGUGUGUGUUGCAGGACGUGGGGUCGAACAUUGCUACCCCCCUCUCUUCAGCCAGAGAAAGUCACAUAAAGAAAACAAAGUUCACAGGACAGCCUGUCUCUGAGCUUGAGAGCUGGAUCGACAGAUACACAGAGGAGCUGCCUCCCCUCACCAGCUUCAUCUUACCAUCUGGUGGGAAAAGCAGUGCUGCUCUCCACGUGGCCAGGGCAGUAUGCCGCAGAGCUGAGCGCAGGGUUGCUUCUAUUGUGCGAACAGGUGAAGCUGACACAGAUGUUGCCAGAUUUCUCAACAGAUUGAGUGACUACCUAUUUACAGUGGCACGGUAUGCAGCCCUGAAGGAGGGCCAUCAGGAGAAGAUCUACAGGAGACCACAGUAAGGACUCUUGGGAACUGAUGAGGAAACAAGUGACUUUCAGUUGUGGUACAGAUUAAAAGUGAAUAGUUUAAAAUAAAAAGUUUUGUAAACAUCUCAGUCCCCAA